AGAGUUGAUCGUAGCUAACGCACCUGCGCGCGCAACGUUGGCCAAUUUACUGCCUUCUUCAGAGUAUAAACAAAAUUCGUAAACAUAAAUGAUAAACAAAAUGAAAACUAAGUGUAAAAGAAGUGCCAACAAAAUCUAACAAACAUGCCAAGCAUAUCAAAGCUAUAAUAAAGCUUAUAAAUCCAGGAAAAAUUUGGGAAACUUAUAAAAAUAUAUGCAUAUGUAUAUUGCCAACAAAACUCGCCAGCAUUACGGAUACUCGCCCAGCAUUUAAAGCAACUGCCAAAACCUGCACAGCAUUCAGGCCCCAGGCGCGUUUUGGCCACAUCAAAAAAUUGCUAGAGAGAGAUAACGGCAUGUGAGUUGCCAGUGCGGCAACUGGUAGCAAAUCCCACAGCCAACAUAGAGAAGCCAAGGGGCGCCUGAGUCCACAACAUGCCCACGGAGAGCACACAAGGCGAUGGCGGAGGAGGUGGCGCCAUUCCCAUGCUGCGCACCUCACGUCUGGACCAGUUCAUAUCUACGGUGUCUGCGGCGGCUGCGGCCGCCGGAAGCGGCGCAGGUGGCAACGAUUCGUCGGGCAGCGCCUCCGAAUCGCGCAACUCAUCAGCUAGCAGGAUCUCGGCAGCAGCAGCUGCCUACGAAACACAAUUGGCGUAUCAGCAGCAUUUGGCAGCGGCUGGCUUGCUGCCCGGACAGGCGCCUCCCGGCCCACCCGGGCCACCACAUGGACCGGCACCACCGCAUGCACACCAUCGAGAGAUUUCCGCCUUUGUGCCGGUGCUGCCAACGCGACAGGCACGGGCGGGCAGCAACUCGAAUUAUGAAAUUAUAGCCAUGAUGGCCGACAAACGCAAGGAGUUGGUUUUGAGGGAAGCCGCUGCAGCAGCGGCUAUGCUAGGAAGAGGAGGACCACCGGGACCACCAGGCCCACCGCCAGGGGUGUUGUACGCACCACCGCCACCGCCAUACUUGGGUGGACCGGGGCCCUCGCCCACAGCAGCGGGCACUUUCGCCUUUCCACCGGGCGCUGCAGCAGCAGCCCUCUUCCCACCUGGCCUGGCGCCGGGCAUGCAUGCGGGCCUGGAUCGCCGAUUGUUACGCGCUCCUGGACGUGCUUCGAGACCCAAAAAGCAAUUCAUCUGCAAAUUUUGCAAUCGCCAGUUCACCAAGUCCUACAAUCUGCUCAUACACGAGCGCACGCAUACGGAUGAGCGUCCCUAUUCCUGUGAUAUUUGUGGCAAGGCAUUCCGGCGACAGGAUCACUUGAGGGAUCACAGAUAUAUACACUCCAAGGAGAAGCCAUUCAAAUGCACCGAAUGCGGCAAAGGUUUCUGUCAGUCGCGCACGCUCGCCGUACACAAAAUACUGCACAUGGAGGAGUCGCCGCACAAGUGUCCCGUCUGCAGUCGCUCGUUCAACCAGCGCUCCAAUCUGAAGACCCAUCUGCUGACACACACCGACCACAAGCCGUACGAGUGCUCGUCGUGUGGCAAAGUCUUUCGGCGCAACUGCGAUCUGCGUCGUCAUGCCCUGACGCAUGCCGUCGGCGAUGUCAGCUCUGGCGACUAUGUCGACGUGGGUGAGGAGGACGAGGCACGUCAUUUGAGCGGCGAUGAGGAGGACUCCCUGCUCGAGGUGGACUCACCGCGUCAGUCACCGGUGCACAAUUUGAGCGAACCAAACGAUGAAGGUGCGGAAGGUGGUGCUGAAAACAAUUUGCAACGCAUGCGUCUGAAGCGCAAAGCCACAGCUCCCUAUGAGCAGGACGAUAGUGAGGAGGAGUUCGACGACUACGACGAGGAGGAGGAGCUGCAUGAGACGGCUGGCUAUGCACGUGACCGUGAACGCGAACGUGAGCGCGAGGAGCUGCAUGAGGACGAAGAGCUGGCGGCAGCGGAAGAAGAAGCUGAGGCGGAGGCAGCGCUGGUUGCGCGUUUCAAGGCCAAUCAGUCGGCAGCAGCUGCCACGGCCCCCAAGCCGGAGCGCCAAGGCGUCACCCACUGCCACCAUGAGGGUGGCGAGACGUAUACGAUGCGGCCGCACGGGGAACGCGAGCAGCGGUCGCUCGAGGAGGCCACACUAUCCACACCCAGUACCCCCACUACCAAUGCGACACCACCUUUUGUUUUGGGCAGUCCAGGCCUGCGUUAUGCACCAGCACCACCGCCACCACCACCACAGGCGGCACCACCGCAUCUGCCGCACCAUCAUCUAGCCCCCAAUAUUUUGCCACCACCCAAUGCAAAUGGCGAUCCCUACCUACCCAUGUUGCAUGUGCGUCGCGAUCUUCAUCACAAGUCGUUGCAACACAACGCCGCCGCCGUGCCUACAAAUCUCACAAAACCACCGGUAGUUGCACCACCAGCUAGCACCACUGCGCCAACGAUAAUCACCACAGAAGUGUCAGCGAAACCGCCACCACAACCGCUGCACUCGCCGCAUGAGGCGUUGCCCAGUUUCCUGGGCUCGAUACCAUCACGAAAGCGCAUAAUGCCCCCUUCCUUGGACAUGGUGGAUCAUCCGGGCGCCCAUGCGCUCAGUCAGCGUUCCUAUUUGGAAAAUCAAAGCAUCUACGCCCUAAAUAUGAGUCGGCAUGCGCCGAGACAGCUUUUGGGCAAGCCAUUGCAACAGGCUGGCAUGUCGCCUGCACCAAAGGAACAUGCUGCUCCUGCACCACCGCCACCAGCACCACCUAGACGAACAGGAUUUAGCAUUGAGGACAUAAUGCGUCGUUGAAAAUUGUUCUAUUUAGUAAACUAUGACAAGAAGUCGCCUAUUUAUAGAAUAAGAUCACAAUUGGUACUUUUAGUACAUUUAGUACUUAUAGUACAUUUAACUAGAUGAAGUACUUUUAGCGCUUGGCCUACUCGCAGCCAUUUUAAGUACGUUUUGUUUGCUUUAAGUGCAUUAAGUACUUUUAGUAGAGUUAGUGCUUUCACUACAAAGUAGCAAUGCGCGCUGCUGCUGCUAUCGGUUUAAACUGUGCAGUUGCUGCUUAUUUGUGGGCUUUAAGUGCAUUAAGUACUUUUAGUACAUUUAGUACUUAACUACAAAUGCCAACCACUUCAUAGGUUCUGAUCUUUUCAGUAGAAUCUAUGCACUUUCAGCUCAUUUGUUGGCAUUGAGUGAAUUUAUUAAUUGAAGUAUAUUUAGUACUUUCUUUGCUAGGUAGCACUUCAAGCGCUGCUGCUGCUGCUACUUUCGGUAGACAAUUUUGCACUUUCAGUUCAUUUGCGUGCUUAGAGUGCAUUUAGCACUUUUAGUACAUUGAAUAGUUUUACUAUAACAUAUCAUUCCAAGCGCUUCUGAUGCUUUCGGUACAAUUUUUGCACUUGUAGCUCAUUUGAGUGCAUUUAGUACUUUUAGCACAUUUAGUAUUUUUACUGCAAAGUAACAUUCCAAGCGCUUCUGCUACUUUCAGUACAAUCUGCGUACUUAAAGUGCAUUAGGUACUUUUGGUACGUUUAGUACAUUUUAGUACAAUGUCUAGGUAACGCAAUAAAUUACGGAAAAACUAUGCAAAUAUAAGUUUUUAAUUGCCAAUUAGAAUAGAUAGUUUACCACACCACCACUGUGUACUAAACUCUGUUGUUGCAUUUGUAGCCCUACUCGCUUCUAGCACGUAAGUUAGCAGCUACAUAUAGCCUACUAUAUACUACAUAUCACAUAAAUAUUAGCAUUUACUUCGAGAGUCUAUAAUUUUUGUUUAGCAUUUAGUAUUGUUUAGCACGCCCCAACACUAAGUGUUUGUUUCUUUAGCUGCGUAGUAAACAAAAAAAAGACAAAAACAAAAAAAAGAAAACAAGAAAACAAUCAACGUCUAAGCAAAAUAAAUCCAACUUUAAUUUAUGUUUUAUGUUUAAGCUCAUGUUAAUGUUGAAAUGAAAUCAAUCAAGAUUUUGUUGAGGGGAAAAAAGGUUGAAAGUAAAAGUAACUUAGAAACGGCCAACUCUGCCAGCAUUCCAGUUCAAUUUUAAACUUUAAUUUGUAGCGAUUUUAAUUGACUCAAGCUAGAUGUUAAGUACACGCCCCUAGCCUAGUUACCUUAUCUAUGUAUAAGUAUUGCAAAAACAUAAACUUCCAUUGUCUUCCUUGAAUUUCAAAUGAUUUUUCGACAUACCGCAUAAAUAUUUAAAUGAUAAUAAAGUUUGAAUAAAAAUUGAAAAAUA